AUGGCCUACACAAAUCAAUCUCAAAUGAACAUUACUGAUGGACUGCAGUAUCAGGGGCUGCUGGGAUUAGUGUUGUUUUCUACUGUGACUACAGUUCCAUGCUGUGUGUUUCUCUUCAUUAACGGGACCAUGUUAUUCACCUUGAGGAGUAAACCAGUGUUUCGUGAGACCUCCCGUCACAUUCUUCUGUAUAACCUACUUCUUGCAGACACUGUAGUGCUAGUACAGAGUCAAGCACUGUACCUACUGUCUGUUUGUAGAAUAAGGCUGACAUAUCCUGUGUGUGGUGUUCUAAUCAUGCUCACCAGUCUGACAACUUCCAUCUCUCCUCUCACACUAGUACUGAUGUCUCUGGAGAGAUAUGUAGCUGUGUGCUACCCACUGAGGCACGCUACCAUCAUCACCAUCAGAAACACAGAGGUGGCUAUCAUUGUGGUUUGGGCCUUCAGUUCACUAAAUGUGCUCACUAAAGUUGUUUUGCUUUUACAGUUUCCAUUAGAAGACCAGCAGAUGAAAGACUUCUGUGGCAAAGAAAGCAUGUUGCUUGAUCCAGUGUCUGAUCUUUAUGAAAAAGCCUUCACUUACUUUCUGUUUGUUUCAGCUGGUGUGGCAGUCAUUUGCUCCUAUAUUGGUGUGAUGGUAGCAGCCAGGUCAGCCUCUACAGACAAAGCUUCAGCUCGUAAGGCUCGUAACACACUGCUGCUGCAUCUGGUGCAGCUGGGCCUCAGUCUCCUCUCAACUAUACACAACUUCUUGCUCUUCUCUAUUUCCAAAAGUCUAGACAGGGUCAAAAUUGUACGUAUUCAAAUAGUUAUUUAUCUGUGUAUUAUUAUCCUCCCCAGAUGUCUGAGUUCUCUGAUAUAUGGCAUCAGAGACCAGAUCAUCAGACCUGUUCUCAUGUACAAUCUCUGCUGUCACUGGAGACGCUCACCUUUUCUCUCACACAUCACAACCAAGGAUAAAAGUGGCAAAACUAUCAUUUAG